AUGAUCUGCAACCCCUUCGUCCCGCGGCUGAUCGCCUGUUCGCAACCUCCACGUGCGGCUAGCGAAUCCGCCCGCCAAAAGCUCGAUCCGGUUCGAGUGAUCGGCGUCCUAGCUUUUUCGCUCCUUGACUCAAAAGGACGACGAUUCGAGCUGAAAAGGUCAAGGUGA